CCCGGAUCCUCCCCGCCCUCGUCCAAGGAGACCGAAGGGUUGGACUUGCGAGUCUCGGAGGUGCGGCCGGUCAAAGGGCCGCCGACCCAGACGGGUGAGUCCGGCCGGCCGCCCCUGGGUCCGCCGCCGGCCGGAAGGGUGGCGUAGGGGACCCGGCCUCGCCGCAGCGGGCUGCCUCCCCCGCCAGAGCCCAGGCCUCGGGUCCUGUCUCCCUGCGCUCGUGCGCCACGUAGGGAUGCCAGAAGGACCAUCUGUGAGGAAAUUUCACCAUCUGGUCUCCCCCUUUGUGGGUCAGCAGGUGGUCAAGACAGGGGGCAGCAGUAAGAAGCUAUGCCCCACCACCCUUCAUUCUCUGUGGCUGCAGGACACCCAGGUACAUGGAAAAAAAUUAUUCCUUAGAUUUGAUCCAGAUGAAGAAAUGGGGCCCCCUGCCAGCAACCCACUGCCAGAGCCUUUACAAAAAGAAGCACAGAAGGAAGAGGCUGUGGCCCCCGAACCAGCCUUGGGGCCCAACAGACAAAAAACCUCUGAUGAACCCUCCCAGCCCACGGAGCUUGAGCCCCACGGAUUGGAUGUUCCUGAGAGUUUGUGGGGAGAGAGCCCUGCCACAGGUGCCCAGAGGUGGCUGCAGGUCAGCUUCGGUUUGUUUGGCAGUGUCUGGGUGAAUGAGUUCUCCAGAGCGAAGAAAGCCAACAAGAGAGGCGACUGGAGGGAUCCUGUGCCCAGGUUGGUCCUGCACUUCGGUGGUGGAGGCUUCCUAGCAUUUUAUAAUUGCCAGAUGUGUUGGAGCCCUUCCCCCGUGGUCAAACCUACCUGUGACAUCUUGUCUGAAAAGUUCCAUCGAGGACAAGCCUUGGAGGCUCUGGGCCAGGCUCAGCCCGUGUGCUAUACACUCUUGGACCAGAGAUACUUCUCAGGGCUAGGGAACAUCAUUAAGAACGAAGCCUUGUACAGAGCUGGGAUCCACCCGCUUUCUCUGGGUUCGCUCCUGAGUGCCUCUUGUCUGGAGGCUCUUGUGGACCACGUGGUGGAGUUCAGUACCGACUGGCUUCGGGGCAAGUUCCAGGGCAUGCCGCAGCACACGCAGAUCUACCGGAAGGACCAGUGUCCUGCUGGCCACCAGGUCCUGAAGGAGGCCCUUGGGCACCCAGGUGGGUUCCAGAGGCUCACCUGGUGGUGCCCGCAGUGCCAGCCCCGGCUGCCCCCUGAGGAGCCCCAGCAGCUCCAGCACCCCUAAAGCGCUCAGGCCCUUCUUCACAGAACUUGCCCUGAGGAUUGUGGUGCCUGUGUGUCCAGAAGGGAAGGUGAGGGCAGGGAUUGUAGGUGGCCACACAGGACAGUGUGGGUAUGAGACAGCAGUAUUGUUGAUGUUCUUCUCACUGCAUCACGUCCGAGGCACAGCUUUCAUAGGGGUAGGUUUUUCUUUUCUAGUUCCUCUAAUUCUUCCUGCCUACUUCUGUAGUGAAAGUGGAGGGCAAUCUUGACAGGUGAGGGAAGCCUCCCAGAAGGACAGUGGAGCCCUAAAACCACAGCUUGAGGGAGCAACCGUGUUCCCAGUAUUGCUGUGCAAGUGUUCUAUUUUGGAAGGUUUGGUUGAUUUUAAGGCUGUUGGUUCUGAGAAACAGGAAGACAAGUUUCUUUCCUUGUUGGCUGUGGAGGGUCCUGGGAAUGAGGAUGGAGCCACAGGAGAGAAGUGCUGGCCCAGUCUCCUGCCUCCUCCUCCCACUUGAUGGAGACCUUGGGGCUGGGCCGGCAGCAGGCCAGCCACCUUCCCAGGGUCUCCAGGGGCCAUUGAAGAGAAGCUGCUUGUUUACUCCUUAAGCUGAAGUGUUUGCAACUGUCCAUGCAUCAACAGCUCAGGAACCAAAGGAUGCAGAGAAUCACUCCCUCAGGUUGUUCGGAACCUAGAUGAAGCUGGGGCAGCAACAUUGCUAUUCUCUGUGUCAUCUUUAUUUGGCAGUAAAGGUUUGUUUUUUUGUUU